UUCAGGAGUCGUAUAGAUCUGAUCCGAUCAAAAGAUGGCGAGAUUCUCAGUUUCUGGAGGAGACGACGGAGAAGGAUCAAGCAACCAUCAAUCCCGCAAACGGCAGCGACUUCCUUCCAUCGAUGAAGAUGAAGAAACAGCCGGAAGUUCCGGUGAAGAAGACGAAGAAGAUGAUCGUCAAAUUGAAUCCAUGAGCGAUGACAGCGAUCGUGAAGUGGUAAUAGAAGAGGCAAGACGAAUUGCUGAAGAUCCCGUAACAAGCCAGAUCUCUUCGAGCAAAGAUUCUUCUCUUUCCGUAACGCUUUUGGAUCCAGAUGUUCUCGAUUGCCCUAUUUGCUGCGAGCCCCUCAAGGCUCCCAUCUUUCAGUGUGAUAAUGGUCAUCUAGCUUGUUCUGUGUGCUGCGCCAAAGUCAGGAACAUAUGUCCGUCCUGCACGUUACCCGUCGGUUAUAUUCGCUGCAGAGCCAUGGAGAAGGUCAUAGAAACAUCUAGAGUCUCAUGUACCAACGCCAAGUACGGGUGUAAGGAGAAAAUGUUAUAUGGUAAUCGAUUUAGCCACGAGAAGCUUUGUGUUUUCGCCCCGUGUUCCUGCCCCGUACUUAACUGCAACUACACUGGCUAUUACAAGGAUCUCAACAGCCACGUACGUGCUAAACACAAAGACGAGGUGAUUCCUUUUGUCUGGGACGUUUCUGUAACCAUUAGAUUGGAUAAGACCACAAUCCUUCAGGAAGAAAAGGAUGGGGAAGUGAUGGUGGUUCAAGUUUUCAGGGGUUUGCACGUUGUGUAUGUCGUUGUGACCUGUAUUGCACCUUCGGCACGGGAAGUGGGAUGCUUCUCAUACUAUCUGGUAACUGUACCUCUAGCCGUCGAUGGCUCACUAGUCCAGCGAUCCAUGAUGAAGAACAUUCAGAAAUUGAGUAAUGAACAACCAGAAGAUGGUUUCAUGGUGAUUCCUUCCUAUAUGUUGUCUGGUAGUUCGCGGAUUUUACUUGGCCGUGGCCGGGCUUAUGGUCAUGCCUGAGUUGCGGAAAUAAUUGAAUUUGUUAUUUCGUUCUCUCACAUUUUUAGGUGUAUAUAUGAUUUAGUUGGUGGACCUAAACUUUGAGGCUUUGAGCAUAAAGGUUUUCUGUGAUUUGAGAA